AUGGAGGAAAAAAGUGAUCUAUCUCCACUAGAUGGAAAGCCGUAUCGCAAAGAUGAGGGAAAAAAGUUAGUGCUUGUGAAGAUGGCAUUGCUUGCGGCAAUCCUUUUUCUGGUCCAUACAUUUUUCUGCCAGACGUUGAAUAGUCACAACUACAGCGGCGAGGUGGAACUGUUCAAAUGCCAAGAAUUUGAGAGCGUAUUUGGAGCCUCGGCGGAAAACAUUUCAAAUAUUAUCUUUAAUGAAAAGUUGCAGAAUGAGACUAUGACAAAGUUAGCAAAUGCAGUUCGAGUUCCGACUGAAAUUUAUGAUACAUUCCCUAAUCCACAGGAUGAAGCUGAAUACGCUGGAUGGCAACCAUUUAUUAAAUUGCACAAACAGCUUGCAAAAGAUUUUCCUCUUGUUUGGUCCAAAUGUAAAAUCGAACAUGUGAACCAUUACGCACUUUUAAUCACCUGGGAAGGCUCGAACAAUGACUUAAAACCAGCAUUAUUUGCAGCACAUCAGGACGUCGUCCCGGUGGACAGAAAGACGUGGGGCUCCUGGAAACAUGAGCCAUUCGGUGGAGAAUGGGAUGGUCAAUUCUUGUGGGGCCGUGGUUCUUUUGAUGACAAAAACAUGUUAAUUGGAAUUUUACAAGCUUUCGAAUAUAUUAUACAAAAUGAACCUGAUUUCAACCCAGAACGCAGUCUCCUUCUUGCCAGUGGCUUCGAUGAAGAAGCAUCUGGAGUUUACGGUGCUAGAUACCUGAGUGAUGUUCUUGUUGAAAGAUAUGGCCACGACGGUAUUUAUUCUAUUAUUGAUGAAGGUGUUGUCGGUAUUAAAGAAGUGGAAGGUGUCCUAAUUGCAGCACCAGGUACAGGAGAAAAGGGUUUCAUCAAUUUAGUAUUCGACAUUCGUACACCUGGCGGUCAUUCAUCUGUACCACCAGAUCAUACUUCUAUCGGUGUCGCAGCCAGUAUUAUUCAUGAUAUUGAGGGUGAAAAAUUUCCUGCUCAAUUUACUCCAGAGAAUCCUGUCACUCAGUAUUAUCAAUGUAUCGCUCAGUAUUCUGAAACAAUGGAAAAUGACGUCAAAAUUGACUUCUUAAAGGCAAUGGAUGAUGAAAAGGCAAAUAAAAGGGUCUUGGAUUACCUCUUUGAGCAUGGUGGUAAGAAAACUGAAUAUCUAUUUCGUUCUACUCAAGCAUUUGAUAUUAUUAAUGGUGGAAUUAAAGCUAAUGCGUUACCAGAAAGUGUCUCAUUUUUGUUGAAUUCAAGGGUAUCAAUAGAAUCAAACGUGAACAAAACCCUUGAAAAGUUUUCUGAAAGUUCUUGCAACGUUGCUAAAGAAUAUGGUUUGGGUUGUAUACUGGAUGGUGAAGUGAUAUUAGAAUCUACCAAUAAGGGGACCGUCUAUAUGGAUGUACAAAGAACAUUAGAGCCUGCACCAGUUUCACCAAAUAAUGAAGUUUGGAGAGAAUUUGCCGGCUCAAUUAAAGGAUUUUACGAAAGUGUUGUGUUCCCAAAAAAAUUUGGUGAUGAGCAGAAAUCUUUAGUAGUAGCGCCAUCAAUUAUGACUGCGAACACUGAUACUUGUCACUACUGGAGGUCCUCAAAAAAUAUUUACCGUUAUCAACCAGGUUUUGCAAUGGAUGACACCUUGAGCACGAUUCACUCCGUAAAUGAACAUGUCGAUGCCGAGACCGUCAUGCAUGUUGUCGGUUUCAUAUAUAACUACAUUCAUUUGGUGAAUAAACUGUAG